UCGAUUUACACAUUAAACAUGGCGGUCGCUUGGAAUCCGUCAAAAAAACAUAGUGAUCGAGAGAGGUGGGUCUGUAUUUAUCCAGUUUACAUAAACAGCAAGAGAACGCUGGCAGGAGGCCGGAAACUUGCGAAGGACAAAUGUGUCGAGAACCCUACACAUCUAGAGAUCCGUGAAGUUCUAGUGGCAGCUGGUUUCAACGUUGGUGUAGAAAAUAAAGUGCACCCAAAGGAACGUAGCAAAGAGCUAAUAUAUCGUGGUCGUAUUCGUGUACAGUUGAAAGAUGAUGAUGGUACUCCUAUGAAACCUGAUUAUCCCACUAGAAACUCCCUUUUACUUUACCUAGGCACUACCAUUCCAAAGUUAAAAACUCGCCAAGGUAAACAGUCAAUAGGUGAACAGUCUUCUCAAUCAUCAAGCGCAUUAUCUAAAAAGGGAAAAGGAAAAGGAAAAGGGAAAGGAAAAGGACGGCAAUAG